UUUCCGGGGUGAACAGUGAUUUUCUUUCUUACUUAAGAGAAAGUAAUGUUAGCGGUUUGAAAACUACUGCACUAGAGGGAGUUACUGUGUGUUGGUCUCAAAAAGUAAAUUCUAAUUAUAAAUCUGAUUUCGUCGUAAAGUUUAUAAAGUGGUGGUGCUGCGAUCCCGCUUCCUCUAAUUGAAAAUUAUGACCGGCGAGGUUUUCCUUUCAUUUCGAACACAUUGCGAAAAGCUCGUGCAGCUUCUCAACCAUGAGCAGAUUAACAAUUUCAAAAACGGCGCGGACGACAUGGACCGCAUCAAGCAGAUGUACGAGCAUGCCAUUAAAAUACCGAUAGCAGAGCAAUCUCGCGGCAAAUCAUUACAAGAAGCCGCCAAUUUCAAAACAAACGCCAAUUUGUUUUAUAAAAACAAAAAUCUUCUUGAAGCCAUUCACCAAUAUAAUCGAGGUGUUGUUACUUGUCCGAUUGAUACAGAUGAAUCCCGAAAGUUGCUUGCUGUUUUGGUUGCAAACCGAAGUGCGGUUCUCUUUGAGCUUUCCCUUUAUAAACAAUGUAUCGUGGACGUCGAUUGGGUUCUUCAAACCGGUUGGUACCCCGAAGAUUUGCAAUACAAGAUUCUUCUGCGUAAAGGAAAGUGCUGCAGCGAGAUAAAAGUAUAUAAGAAGGCUGUUGAUAGCAUCAAAGAAGCAAUUAAAGUUGGGGUAAAUACAAAAUUAUCGGAACAAAAACUGAAAGAGAUUCGCCAAAUUUUAAAAAUCGCCCAAGAAAAAUGUGCAAAAAGUGACCAAAAUUCAAUUGAUGUUAAAAGUGAGCAGAUAACUUAUGUUAAGUUUGACAGAAAUAAUUUUUAUCCAGCAGCAUCCGAAUCGGUUGAUUUCCGUUAUGACCCUAAUGUUGGAAGAUAUGCUAUUGCAACCAAAGAUAUUCCAGCAGCUACUAUAAUAUUAGAAGAAGAACCAUUUUCAAUUGUAGUCGGCAAAGAUAACAUACUAAAAAAUUGCAGCCAUUGCGGCUUAAAUACAUUAUCUCCUUAUCCAUGCGAAAAUUGUACCCAUGUCAUUUUUUGCUCAAACUCAUGCAAAGAAAAAGCAAAUUAUCAUCAAAUAGAAUGCAACAUCUUACCAACAAUUUACACUUCCGGUGCUUCCGUGAAUUGUUUAUUAUCUUUACGUAUCAUAACCCAACAAGGUUUAGCGUUUCUUUGGGAAAACCGAAAAUGUUUUGGGAAAAAACAUGAAGAUGGUAGUAUUUACAAAAGUAACGAUUACGCGAGACUUUAUCAACUGUGUACACACACCGAAAUCCGGCCAAAAGGCGAAUUUUUACAUUACACAUUUAUGGCCAUCUUCCUUUUAAGAUUACUAAAAAAAACGAGCUUCUUUCCAUUCGAAACCCAAGAGGAAGUUUUAAAAGAUGAAGAAGCUUACAUUGGAAGUUUACUAUUAAGGCAUCUUCAACUCCUUCAGUUUAACGCUCACGAAAUUUCGGAAAUGAGAAAUACCGAUGGUAAAUGUGACGUUUCUUAUCGUAACAGUCACGUGGGCGGUGGCAUUUAUCCAACUUUGGCUUUGUUUAAUCACAGUUGCGAACCGAGUAUUAUUAGAUAUAACAAAGGCACGAAAAUGAUUGCGAGAACCGUUAAAUACAUCAAGGCUGGUGAUGCUAUAUUUGAAAAUUACGGCCCUAUUUAUUGCACCCAUAAAUACGUUGAUCGACAGAGAAAAAUGAAGGAAAGAUAUUAUUUCGAUUGCCAAUGCGUUCCUUGCGUCGAAAAUUGGCCGUUAUAUGAACAAAUGGACGAGCAAAGUCUUCGCCUUAAAUGUCAAACUUGCGAACAUUGUUUGAUUGUUGGAGUUGAUCAAGACAAUCCGUUUGUUGUAUGCAAAAAAUGUAAAACUAAAAAUAAUAUUAUGCUCCCAUCUUUACAAUUAAUGAAAUUGGAUGAGUUUACAACAAAAGCUGAAGAUUUAUUUAAACAAGGUGACUACGAAGGUGCUAUUGUGUUUUACCAAACGGCCAUGGAAUUUUAUCACAAGCACAUGGUUGCUCCUUUUAAAGAUAUGGUGAAGGUCCAACAAAGAUUGAGAACUUGUAUGGUGCACGAUGGAAAUACUCAAGUGUUGUAUAAAAAACCAACGGAAUUUCUACCAGUUAAUGCUGACCAAAACUCAGAGGAAAUAUUAAACACUCAACCCCAAAUGGUUUAAUAAUUCAAUAUUUAUUCAAUUAUUAAUUUUGUGCUAGAUGUAAGCAUUCCAUUGUUUGUAUAUCUUUAUUAGUAAAGAAAACAUUUGGAAACAUA